AUGGUCCCGAUACGGAAGUACUACUGGUCCAAGUUGACUGAAGCAGACAAGCACCCAUUAUUCAAGAAGCUAGAGGAUGAAUUUGACAUAGACACGGCAGGAGCAGAUGCAAGGAAGAUUAUGGAGAAGAGAAUGAAGAAGCGGUUCAUCAAUUACAAGUAUGCGAUGCACGCUCACUACCUGAAAGACCCUCAGACAGCCAGGACAGACCCUCCAGUGGACAUGAACAUAGAGGAUUGGCAUAUGCUGUGUGAUCACUUUGAGAGUGAAAACUUUAUAAAGCGAAGCCAAAUAAAUAAAGCCAACAAGAGUAAGCAAGUGUAUGCACACACUUCUGGUGCAAAAUCGCUUGAUCAAAGAAUAUAUGAGUUGGAGAAGAAAAAGAAGCAAAAGCAGCAGGAGCAGCAGCCUACUCAAGAAGAGCGGGAAACUGAUAUGGAGGAUGCUGAUAGCGUAGAGGAGGAGCCAAUAGAUCUCCUAUUGUAUGCGAAGAGGUAUCAGCGGGCUGACGGUAGUUGGGUAUCGGAGGAACCGCAGAAGAACUAUUUGGAGAUGCAGUCCAUGUGGAUAGAGGCAAAGGCAGAGGGGAAGCCUAUAUCAGGCCGUGACAUUGUUGAGAAGGUCCUCAAGAAAAAGGUGAAGUAUGGACCGAAGGAGAACCCAAGAUCAGCAAAGGAGCUUCAACUCCAAGAAGAAUUGGAGGCAACAAGGGCUGAAGCGGAAAGAAAAGCCAAGGAGUUUGCUGAGAAGAUACAGAGUCAGGAGGAGCAGCUAAAAAGCCAGGCUAAGAAGAUACAACUUCAGGAAGACAAGUUAAAGAGCCAGGAGGAGAGGUUUGAUACUCAAGCAGAGGCGAUGAACCAGAUGAAAGACGCACAUGACAAGCUACAGCGUCAAGUGCUAGUCAUUGCUCGCCAAUUACCCCGCAAAUGA